AUGCUUGCUAUCGCAGCCAGCCGUUUGUCACCUUCCGACACGUGGAAACGCAAGAACGAGAAGACAAAGGAGAGACCGAUAUUAGGGAGUUGGCGAGAGCGGAGAGGUUCGAAGGAGAGCGGAGAAGAGAAGGGGAGCGGAGAGACGAAGGAGACAUUGGGGAGUUGGAGACUUCGGAAGCGGGAGAGAACGAAGGCGAUGGAUGAGACAGGGGUACAUGGAGAUUGCAUACCCGCUGAAUGGAAGCUUCAGAAGAUGUACAAGCAACUGAAAAUAGACAACAACAAGUUUACAACUUGGCUUGUUGAAUCAGUCUACCCAUGCGGUCGGAGUCUUUCAUGCAGUGAAACUCUUCCCCCUUGUAUUACCCUAUCGCGCAAGCAAGCCAAAGGUAUGAGCAAGCCAGAUUGGGCAGUGACAUCGAACGCCAUCUUGACAACGUCCACAGACCAUCCCAAAUACGACAUCAUUGUCAACAACAUCACCGAGCUUGCGCGCCAAACACAGAAGACGCCCGCGAGCAUGAUGGCUCUCCUUGACCGCCUCAUUGUUGAACGGACCGAAUAUUCAUACUGGAUGUCCCGAAAGUCAACGGACGAUCUCUCCAAGUUCUCCAACGAAAGUCAUGUAUACUACAUCGAGGUCCUGAAAGAAGUAAAGGUCAUCUUGGCUGAGCACAUUGAGCCCCAAACCACGAGAUUAUGCCAGGCGGAAUCACUGACCCUAUCCGAGACCACCAAUAUACCCACGCAAACACCAAAUCCGACACUCGGCAAGCGCAAGGUCUCAUCUACCAGUCAUCAGAAUCCGGACCGAAGGAAGGCGAUGAAGACGGAAUCCACGACAUCCAGUCCAAAGCACGUCUUGCAAAAGGAAGCCAAGCACCUGACGACGACCCAAAGGCAACAAGAAAAGGAGUGGAGACACGUUGUAGCGAAUAGCUGCAACAAGAUGGCGGAGAAGGACUGUGCUCCGGUAGCCAAGCCUAUGAGCUACGCAGCCGCCUUGCGUGUCGCAGUUGCCGUAUAG